CCCAAGGAGAUUCCUUCGGCACCCCCAGCAUCAGCGCCGCCAGCGGAUGUUGCCUCAGCACCUCCAGCCAGCGCUCCGCCUCCGGAAGUUGCAGCACCUGUGGCUGCACCCAAGCGAGGCACAACCCUGUCAAGAGAGGAGAGACGUGAAGCUGCCAUGUUUGCAGAGCUGUACUCCAUCAUGGUUGCUACGGAGCACCUUGAGCAGGCUUUUGUGCGUGGUGCCGUCUCCAACGAGGACUAUGAGAGGACCUGCACCCAGCUCCUGACGCAGUUCAAGACUCUCAAGAAUGGGUUGAAAGACAAGUGUCCAGACAUCAAAGCCUUCACCAGGGAGCACGGGAUGAAUUGCCCGCUGGCCGAAGAGAGGCUGCUGGGAACUGGAGUGGCAGCAACCGCACUCUUCGGAGGCCCUGCAGCUGCGGGCAAGGAGAGUUUGGCGUGCUUCAAGGCAUCGGAGGGCUUUAUCACCCUCGUGGAUGCCGUGAAGCUGAACAUGAAUGCUGUCGAUGAGCUCCUCCCUCUAGUGAGGGAUCUACAGGCCAGCAUUGUGGGCAUACCGAACCUUCCGCCGCUUGCGGGCAUCGAGCGCAUCGCAGGGUGGCUUGUGACACUCAACGGCAUGCGGGCCUCAGACCGCCUCUCAGAAGAGCAGACGCGGCAGCUGGCUUUGGAUGUGGAGCAGGCCUAUACUUCGCUCAAGAACUGGCUUCACGAGAAGACCUGA